GCUUAUAAGAGAAGCUAAAGGUUCGUUGAUAAAAACCCACUCCUUUCUGUGUUUCCAGGUAGAGGAUACCCCUAUAUCAUACUAUUACUACUGCUCACUAAGCCAGAGGGCUCAAGCUUAGAGCUUUUCAAAAUGGCGAAGCUUGAGGACCAGAAGCCAUGGAAGGUGGAGUACGCUAAGUCAUCAAGAUCCUCAUGCAAGACUUGUAAGAGCACCAUUGGCAAGGAGGUUCUCCGUCUCGGAAAGAUGGUCCAGGCCCACCAGUUCGACGGUUUGAUGCCCAUGUGGAAUCACGCUAGUUGUGUACUGAAGAAAGCAAAGCAGAUUAAGUCCGUUGAUGAUGUUGAAGGCAUUGAGCAACUUAGGUGGGAAGAUCAGCAGAAACUCAGACAAUACGUGGAGGGUCAGGAUGGUGUUGCUGCUGGUCCACCCGAGGAAACAAAUGAUGCCAAGAAUGUUGAAUGUGGUAUUGAAGUUUCUCAAACAUCCCGUGCCACUUGCAAGCGCUGUAGUGAAAAAAUCUUGAAAGGACAGGUUCGUAUAUCUACGAAGCCUGAAGGUCAAGGGCCUAGGGGAUUGGGUUGGCACCAUGCCAAUUGUUACAUGGACUUUUCUCCAUCUACACAAGUGGAGAAACUAUCUGGAUGGGACACUCUCCCCACAUCUGAUCAGGAAGCUGUCCUCGCCUUAAUUAAAAAGGUUCCUUCCAAAGUGAAAAGUGGCAAGCAAGUACAAGAAGAUGAUGGACUGAAGCAAUCAUCUUCCAAAGCUGGUAAGAAACGUACAAAAGAUGCUGUUGGGAAUCAGGAGUCCAAAGUUGCAAAAUCUUCUGGGGAUGUGUCAACACGCAGGCAUCAACCAGUUAAGAAUGCUAGUGGUGGUGAACAAAAUUCAGAAGCGUCUGAUCUAGAUACUAAAUUAGAGGCCCAGACUAAAGAACUGUGGGCACUGAAAGAUGACCUUAAAAAGCAUGUGACAGCAGCUGAGUUGCGUGAAAUGCUCCAAGCCAACAAUCAAGAUUCAACGGGAUCAGAGCUUGAUUUGCGUGAUCAUUGCGCCGAUGGAAUGAUGUUUGGAGCACUUUCUAGUUGUCCUCUUUGUUCUGGUUCUCUUCGUUACUCUGCUGGUAUGUACCGGUGCCAAGGUUACCUUUCAGAAUGGAGCAAGUGUAGUUUCUCCACUCGUGAACCAGAACGUAUAAAAGGGAAGUGGAAAAACCCAGAAGACACAGAUAAUCAAUAUCUUAUCAAGUGGUUUAAAUCACAAAAGGUUGGAAAACGACCUCGUAUACUGCCUCCAAUGUCAGCCUCCUCUCCAAAUGGAAGCCAUGCUUCUCGUGGUGGAUCACAGUCAUCCAAUAGUGAACGCUUGGCAGAUUUGAAAGUUGCUAUUUCUGGAUUACCCAAGGAAACAAUAAAGGAAUGGAAAAGCAAAAUUGAGAGUGUAGGUGGAGCUGUUCAUGCCAAGAUCAAGAAAGAUACAAACUGUUUAGUUGUGAGUGGCACAGCGGAUGACCAAGAGGCUGAGAUUAGGAAGGCGAGGAGGAUGAAACUACCAAUCGUUAGAGAGGAUUAUCUGGUUAAUUGCUUUGGAAAACAGAAGAAGCUCCCAUUUGAUCUCUACAAAGUUGAAGCCAUUGGUGAGGCCUCUAGCAUGAUAACCGUCAAAGUUAAAGGGAGUAGUGCAGUGCAUGAAUCCUCUGGUAUGCAAGAUACAGGCCACAUCCUUGAGGAUGGAAAAAGCAUUUAUAAUACAACUCUGAAUAUGUCCGACUUAUCAACUGGUGUCAACAGUUACUAUAUCCUCCAAAUAAUUCAAGAUGAUAAGAGUUUGGAUUGCUAUGUAUACCGUAAAUGGGGUCGAGUGGGCACCAAAAUUGGAGGUGAGAAAUUGGAAGAGUUUUCAAAAUCAGAUGCAAUCUCUGAAUUUAAACGCAUAUUCCGUGAGAAGACUGGCAAUUCAUGGGAAGCAUGGCUGGAAAAACAAAAUUUUCAGAAGCAACCAGGGAAAUUUUUCCCCUUAGAUAUUGAUUAUGGUGUUAACAAAAAAGUCUCAAAGAAAAAUCAGCAAAAACAGGAUAGCAAACUUGCUCCCCCAUUAGCAGAACUGAUGAAGAUGCUUUUCAAUGUUGAAACAUACAGAGCUGCCAUGAUGGAAUUUGAAAUCAAUAUGUCUGAAAUGCCACUUGGAAAACUGAGCAAACAUAAUAUUCAAAAGGGAUUUGAGGCAUUGACUGAAAUACAGAAUCUAUUAAAGAACAGUAAUCAUAAUCCUUCAAUGUUAGAAAGUUUGAUUGUUGAUGCUAGCAACCGGUUUUUCACUGUGAUCCCGUCUAUUCAUCCACAUGUUAUUAGGGAUGAAGAUGAUUUUAAGUCAAAGUUGAAAAUGUUAGAAGCUCUCCAGGACAUUGAAAUUGCUUCCAAAUUAGUUGGUUUUGAUGUUGAUGAUGGUGAUGAAUCUCUUGAUGAUAAGUACAAGAAACUCAGAUGUGACAUUGAUCCAAUUCCUCGUGACAGUGCAGAUUACCAUUUGAUUGAGAAAUAUCUCCUCACUACUCAUGCCCCUACUCACACGGAUUGGAGUCUUGAACUCGAAGAAGUCUUUUCACUUGAAAGGGAAGGGGAGCUUGAUAAGUUUGCUCCCUACAGGGAAAAACUUGGCAAUAAAAUGCUUCUUUGGCAUGGUUCCCGGCUGACAAACUUUGUGGGCAUCCUUAGCCAGGGGCUGAGAAUUGCUCCUCCGGAAGCUCCAGCUACUGGUUACAUGUUUGGCAAGGGUGUUUAUUUUGCUGACCUUGUCAGUAAGAGUGCUCAGUACUGCUAUACUGAUAGAAAAAGUCCUGUUGGUCUCAUGCUUCUAAGUGAAGUUGCUCUAGGGGAGGUCUAUGAGCUCAAGAAAGCUAAGUAUAUGGAUAAACCUCCUCAAGGAAAGCACUCCACAAAAGGACUUGGCAAGAAGGUACCUCAGCAGUCUGAAUAUGUGAAGUGGAAGGAUGAUGUUGUUGUGCCUUGUGGAAAACCCGUGCCGUCAAAUGUCAAAGCCUCCGAGCUGAUGUACAAUGAGUACAUAGUUUAUAAUACUGCUCAAGUUAAGAUGCAGUACUUACUGAAGGUAAGGUUUCAUCACAAGAGGUAAGGAGGAUGGUAAAACGGUUGGUCAUAACUUUGUUCAUAGUGUACAGAACAGUUUCGAUGAAUUGUAGUCUUCUGGGUUUCCCACAUCUUGAUUUAGAUCUCAUUUUGGGGUUUGCUUGAGAUCUAUCGGCUUUUACUUCUAGUAAUAUGUAAAGGGUGUUUUGUACUUGAUGAACAAAAGUGUCAAAUUUUCAGCAAUUCCUUCCUGACCCAGCAUUACUGGGGUGGAAUUAUGCGUUUUAAUGAUCAUUUUGCUUCCUGAUA